AUGGACAAAUCGCCAACCCCUUAUAACAUGAAAAACUCCGAAUCGGGAAGCACGGCGUCGUUAGAGAGCGGUACGAACGUGCAUGAGAGGAAUGGAUUUUUUGAAGGGAAGGAAGGCAUGUCUAGGUGCAGGAAACGGAAGCGAAAGAGGAGGAGGGGACAUGCACACGAAGUAGGCACGUCGGACGAAUGGGAGGAAGAGAAGGACGCCAAAAGGGAGAAACGAAAGGGGCGUUCGCGCAAGAAUGAAGACCUGCAAACCAGUGACAGCAUUAGUAACUAUGAACACUCCAGCGGCAUUUCUUUAUCAGAUGGCAGCUGGUUUAAAAGGAAGGGUCACUCUCCUAGUGGAGAUGACGAAAUGAAGGUUAGUCUGCCGCAUCGUGGGGAUACCACCACUGGCAGGAGAAUGAAGAGGAAAAAAAAAACCUCAAAAUUGGGAAAAGGGAAACAGAGCAGCGCUGACGAUUAUGCGGAGAGCCACAAAGAGGAAGAUUUUUUUACAUACCACUCCCAAAUUGACAGUGUGUUCAAGGGGGAACAGGAAGAAAAAGAAGUGGAAGACGCGAACUAUGAGGAGGACAAUGGUAACUACAACGGCUUCGAUAGCGGUGCCGAACGGGAUGACCACUUAUCGGAUGGGAGCCCCCUCAAGGAAAGCGAUGCGAAUGUGCUGCGUGAUUGUGACCUGAGGGACUUCCACGGAAGCACGGGGAAAAUAAUCAAAUUGAGAAUCCGCAAUUUUUUAAACCAUGAAAAUUUGGAGAUGUCUUUCAACUCAAAUAAAAAUAUAAUUAUUGGAAAAAACGGAAAAGGAAAAAGUGCCAUCGCUCAGGCCGUUGCAGUGGGGUUAGGGAGUCAAGGAAAGCACGCAGGUAGAGAUAUCAGCCUUUCAAAUUAUAUAAAGGAUUACGAUAAAAAUAAGAAAAAUUUAGUUUGCUAUAUAGAAAUAUUUUUGUCCAAUUCGGGGAAGAAUUCUUAUAAGAGGGAAUUAUACGGAGAUAUUAUUGUAGUAAAGCGGGUUCUGUCCGCUCAUACUAGUAAAUUCUUCCUCUAUGGAGUGAAACAAAACAGGAAGGAUGGUAGUUCCAUGUAUGUGCACGCCCUAGAGGGGGAAACGCCAGGAAGAGCGAACACUACCCCGUGUGGAACUCCCCACAAAUGGAGUCAACCGAACAGAGCGGAUUCGCAACUGCAUCUGCGUAACUCAAACAGGAGUGCAAAAAGAAAGGCAUUCAUAGAUAGCUACCUCAACUUUAUCAAACUAAAUAUAAGAAGCCCGUGUGUGUAUUUGGAUCAAGAAAAAGGAAAGCAAUUUUUCAGUAAUAUAACGGAAAAGGCAUUGCACAAAUUUUUUAUGAAUUCAGUGGGGCUAGAUAUAGUCGAAUCGGAAAUUGAAAAAGAAAAUGAGUUAUUACAAAAUUGCGUUCUUCAAAUAAAGCACAAGGAGACGCAAUUAUCCCCACAGGUGGAAGAAAUGAAGCGAAUGAAGGAAAGAAAUGAAAUGCUAAAAGGUGAAUUUGAAAUUUUGAAAAAUUUGGAUAAUAGCUACAAAAUGGUCGUCUUCUUUAACCUGCUAAAGAAUACCAUCAUUCUCUUCAAUGAGUAUUUAAAGUCUGAAAAUUUAAAAAACGAACAGGUAAUUUUUAGUAUACAGAAAAAGAUGAAUGGACUUGUGGAGAAAAUUGAACUUGUCAAAAUGGAUGUAAGGAAGGUCAUCGAAAGGGAUACAGAAGUGUACCUUUUUGUAAAAAAGAACCAAGACAAAGUGGAAAAGUACAAAGACAUGAUUUGUCAGCUGAAUGAACUGAAGCAUGAAUAUGCCAACCGGAAAAACGAAAUUGUGAAUUAUUUAAGUUCGUUUGAGAAAGCCAAGGAAAAUAAAAACCUCCUGCAGGAACAUUUGCAUAAUUACCAAUCUGAGAUGGACAAAAUUAAUGAAAAAAUGAAGGAAGAAACGGAGCGUGAAACACAACUGCGUAACGAAAUCAGCAAAAGGGAAAACCAAAUCUACGAGAUGGAGUACACCAUAAAUAAAGGAAAAAAUACGCUCGAGGAGAUAAGUAAACAAAUGCAUCUCCUCAAAAUACACUCCAAUAAAAUUCAAAAAAUAAAAAACACACAAAUAAAAAGGAAGAUAUACACGUAUGGGUAUGACAUAUACUCAGUUAGAAGUAAUAUUUUAAAAAAUUACAAAAUAGUCAAUUCGUCUGAGGAGUUUUGCUCCUCUGUGCUUUACCCACCAGAGUUGUUUCCCCAGGGGAAGAACAGCGUGCUGGUCCAAAACGAAUAUGUGAAACAAACAAAUAUAAAAGAGGAAAACCCCGAUUUCGUAUUCAAGUACGAACCAAUAGGACCAGCGGGCGAAUACAUACGACUGAGGGAACCUGUCCUGAAUGAGAAGGUACUAUCCAUCAUCGAGAAGCAUCUAGGGGAUCUCUUCUACUCCUGGCUGGUCAGCUGUUAUGAAGACAAAAAUAAACUGAGUAACAUGGAAAUAGAAAAUAAGAACAAAAUUAGCAUAAUCGUAACGAACGCCUUUCAACAUAUAAACAGAAAAACGCUGCUGCAAAAUAUUCACUCGAUUCUUAGCAAAAUGAAUGGAAAAACUAUUUACUCCUUUUUGAAUGUCGAUCUUCUUCCAACUGCGCUGCUCUUCUAUCUGCAUGAUAAUUUCAAAGUGGUGCAAACUUUAGUGUGUAACAAUUCGGAAGAAUUGCAUGAGCUGUUACGAACAAACGAUAGGAAAAUUGUUAAGUCGAUCUACGUGGUAGAUGAAUUUGUUGUAGUGAAGGUGCUACCGAACGGGGGAUUGCAUUACCAGCCUUCCAAGGAUGACUACUACAAAAAGCCCAUGUUUCUAAACAUGCACAAUGAGGAGAAAUCCCUCUAUAAGGCAACUGAAGGGGGCACAACCCUAGACCACAAGCAUCAGAACGGGACGAAUGUUGUCACAAAUGGGGCAGUUGCCACGGUAGGGGACUCCAAUGGCGUAACCUUAAACGCGUCCACGAAGCAGCACCCUCCUGAUGAUGUCGUGACAAAUUCAGAUUACAAAACGAAUGAAGAAAAUCUGAACGAGUUAGAAAAAAGGAAGGAAGAAAAGAAUGAAGAAAUUGUGAAGACGUCGAAAAAGUUACUAUCUUGUAAAAACGUCCUAGAAAGUUUAAACGAGUCUUUGAAAAAAUGCCAAUAUGCGCAGGAUGAACUGAAGUACCAACACCGAAAUAUCGAGGAGCUAAUACAAAACCAUGAUGACAUUUUUUCCGAACAAAUGGACUUAGAAAUUAAAGAAAAAAAUAAAGACAUCGAUGAAAUAAAUGAAAAUGUGACAGAAAUUGAUCAGUAUGUAGAUACACUGGAAGGGAAGAAGAAAAACACCCUUGAUAUUUGCCUAACACACAAACGGUUAGUAUCAACACAUGCUCAUUACUUGAGUGAGAAAAAAGACAAAAUCGCUAGCAUGAUUGAGGAGUAUAACAGUCUGUGUGAAGUCUUAACCAAACUGGAGCGAGACAAACUGAGAAAUGAUGAAAUCGCUUCGAAAAAUAAGAGAAAUUUCUUAGUAGCCAUAAACAAGCUACACAACAUUUACUUUGAAUACCUUACAAAUGAGUUCCCUAUCUCGGAGGCACUUUUGGAGAGUCCUUUCCUGGUGCUAAGGGGAAGGACCGCUAAUGUGCCGAUAACGAACAUUCUCAUAGACCGCUCUGGGGAGGAGAACCAGGUGAAAGAUACCAAACCUAACGGGGUGGAAGAACCCCUUGGGGAAGACAGCACCAGGCACGACCAAAGUGAGGAGGAAACAAUUGAGCAAGGAAAAAAUGACGACGCUGCAGAAGAAGGCACAGUGCGUGUUACCUUCACUGUGGAACAUCCGAACAGCGGUGCAACCAAGGGGGAGCGCAUCUUCACCCGUGUUCCCCUCUCAAAUCUCAGUUCCUUUAACCAGCUCUUUGUCCUCUCGAGGAAGGACGAGGGUGGGAUGCACAACGAGGAAAGUACUUGCAAAGUUCCUGUCAACUCGUGUGAUAAGAAGAGGGAAAGCGAAAUAAAGGCCCUUCGCGAUUUGGGCCAAUAUGUAAAGGGGGUACUAACCGGGGGUAGUACUAGCACUACCACGAUCAGGACCAGUGGGGCUCCAGCUGGGGGAAGUCAUGACAAUUUGUUUAGCAAGGAUGGCGACAGUUGUGAGGAAGACUCAGCGGGGAAACCUCCGGACGAUGGUGCCGAAGCGGAACAUAUCUCCGUUGACCUGCUGGAUGAAAACUACGCCGACGUGCUGUGGAAAAAAAGGUGCGAUAAAAAGAAGGAAAUCACGGAGCUGCUUAAAAUAAACGGCUUUAGCCAAAACGACGGCACAGACAACUCCAUAAAAAACUAUUUCCACAGUUUAAUUGAGCAGUACGAAAAUGAAGAAAAAAGUUACAACACACAAAUGAAGCAAAUUAACGACUUGAAAAAUAACUAUGAUAUGCAUUUGGCGAACAUAAAGCUGCGAAGAUCCAAAUUUUGUCACGUUUUAAAAAAAACAAAAGAGCAAAUAACUGCACACUUUAAAAAUAUGCUGAAAAGUAUGAACAAUUACCAAGGCAAAAUAGAGUUUGACGAUUUGAAUAGAAAUUUAAAAGUUUUGGUUUCCAUUAAUCAAGAUUUGUCCAAGAAUAUUUUUAUGGAAAUCAGCUCCUUGUCCGGUGGGGAGCGGUCGACCAUUCAAAUGGCCCUCCUGGCAUCUUUGUCCCUCACGGAAACGUCUUCCUUCCACAUCUUCGACGAGCUCGACGUGUACAUGGACGAGCUCACUCGGGUGAAGAACAUGCAGCGCUUUUGUGAAUUCAUAGAACAGAACAACGACAAGCAGUACUUCUUCAUCACGCCGCACAUCGAAAUAACGGAGUUGUUUUUAGGAGAUGCCAAGGAGAGGAAGGCCAAAAUAUUAAAUUUGUCCUGA